AUGAGCGCAAAACAAAUCAGCAUUCACAGUGACUCCCAGCUCAUAGUGAAUCAAAUAACGGCAGACUUCGCAGCGAAGGAUGCCUCCAUGUCCGCCUACCUAUCGGAAGCCCACCAACUCAUAGAAAAGUUCCAGGCCUACGAGAUUCGGCAGAUCCCCAGGUCAGAGAAUAGUCAAGCCGAUGCAUUCUCGCGUUUAGCUUCAGCAAUAAACGAUAGGAUCGGAAGGAAGGUGCCAGUGGAGAUAUUAUCCCAGCCAAGCAUGACAACGGCUGAGAUAAGUCCCAAACUCGAAAGCUACGGUACCGAUCGGCAAGAUACACAGUCAUCGACGAUGUUCUGUACAAGUGAGGCUACACCACGCCGUAUCCGAAGUGCCUCACCAAAGAGCAGGGGGACUACGUCCUUCGGGAAGUCCACAGCGAGGUCUGCGGUGAUCAUUCAGGGUCCCGGUCGCUGGCACACAAGGUCUUCCGGCAUGGGUACUUCUGGCCGACCUUACACCGAGAUGCAAAUGUGUUACUCAAGAAGUGCGACAAAUGCCAAUUUUCCGGUAGUGUCCCUCACAUCCCUGCCGAGCCUCUCUCACCAAUCGUAA